AUGAACAGUUAUAACGGAAAAGCCAAAGAGUCACCGCCAAAGUGGCAGUCCAAGAUCGCCGCCAAAGUGGCAGUCGCAAAGUACUCUGUCAUUUUCCACCUUUCGAGUACCCGCCGCCAAAGUGGCAGUCGCAAAGUACUCAUUUUUCACCUUAAGAUUCACCGCCCGCUUACAUCUGAAAAUCAUAACCCUAAAUCAGAGAUUACAAAACCCCCAAUUAAUAGUUUUACUGAUCCUUGGUCAUAUUAUGUUGAAAACGAUACAGAAAAUUCGACAGUUCAUCCGUACUUUAAUGCCGUUCAAGCAAGAUUUUGCACCUUCAAACAUUACGUUAAUUGGUUGUAUAAUAAUGUUGAGCUUCCUAUUUGGUCCAAAUGCGUAUCUCAAUUUUACGGGUCUUUAAGUACCGUCAAUAAAAUCAAAAAUGCACCUCUUUGUGUUCGAGCGUAUGCGAAAAGUGUUAUGGAAACUAUGAAUAAAGAGGAGAAUCAGCAUAUAAUGGAGGAUCUUGAGGAUACAUAUCUAGCACUAUUGAAGGAAAAACAGGGUAUAGGUCUUAGCAAGGGGGAACAGCUGCAUGCACAAACGAAUAAGAAGGCUUAUGAUAAUGCCACAGAUGUUAAUUCCAAUCGACAGGCGAACAAAAAAAAAAAUUCCCGUGAGCAGAAAAAGAGAAGAACAGACGAUAGUGACGAUGAGGAAGCUAUGGAAGGAUCUGUUCUCUUUGAUGAAUCGAAUGAGGACACUUUAAUUGAUUCCAUAGAUGAGUCUGGGUUGAGAGAAGAAGCAGUGUUGCCAAUUUCAGAAACGAUCCAUGAUACUUCAAAGCAGGAAUUUUUACAAAGUAUCUCCGAGAAAUUCAAUAAAUAUCAGGGAAAAAUUCCUAAGACGCGUCGAAUAAUAACAUUGGGUUAUUGGAGCAUCUUUGAUCUUACGCAACAGAGCCUCUAUGGAUGCACGGAUUUCUCCCCAAACGAAAUCAGUAAAAUCGCGCAAGAUUUUGCCAAUCACGUUCAUUGGUCUCCACAACGAACUCCAGAUUAUCUUCAGCAAUAUUUUGAUUCUAAAUGUGAUCCCACAGAACUUAAAGAUAAUGCGAUGGUUGAUAAAAUACACACUAAUAUACAAUUUAUAUUCUAUAACAUGUCUAAAAAGGGAGAUAAGACGGAAGAAGAACAUAAAUUCGUUAUCAUAUAUCCUUUAUUCAAUGUUUUCAUGGACCUUUCGUUAAUAAAAGAUACUUGGAAUGAGAAUGCAAAUCCUUUCGUCAAAGCUCGUAUGGGGCGAAAGGUUGAUAUUAAAGGCACACUGACGAGGACAUCCAAUAAAUUCGAAGCCUUGUACGGAGAGGUUGCAAAUGGGUUAAGUUCACUUGGAACAUCACUUGCGUCGCAAAAAAAGAAAUACUUGGACAAAGUCAAACUUGCAGUAUUAAUGCGAGUCUCGUUAAAUAGUACUUUAAAAAAAUGGAAAUAUUUAAAUGAUGAGCAGAGAAAAAAGAUUAUUGUAUAUGGUUGGACACUUGUAGGAUUUGAUUUAUCUUUAUAUGCGAUGGAUUGGACUGAAAAUGGAAUGCGCCUUUUGCCUUUUGAAAGAAUUGGAGAAAAGCUCAUCCAAGAAUUACAUGUUGCAAAUACGCGUGGAAAGUGUAGACAAGUAGCUACUGAGAAUAGCCCAACCCUAAACUUUAAUAGAACUCCGAACUGA